GGGCUACACUCUCCCAUGCAAUGCUGGAAUCGUCUCUCUGAAAAUGUGAAACAAGCCAAUCCCAUUUGAUAUGAAUUCCACUCCCCAACAUGACACGACCCAGCUGGGUGUGUCCAUGGGGAGUGUGCACACACUGGCCUCCAAAACAGUGCCCCUCUCUUCAGACCCCCAUGCCUCAAAGCGAGUUUGUUUCUACAAGAGUGGGGACCCGCAGUUUAACGGACAACGUAUGGUCAUCAACAGCCGUACCUUCAAGACGUUUGAUGCUCUACUGGAUGCCCUCUCCAAGAAAGUGCCUCUACCUUUCGGAGUACGCACUGUCACGACACCCAGAGGUACACACACAGUGCGGGCCUUGGAGGAGCUGCAGGAUGGGGCCUCUUAUGUGUGCUCGGACCAGAGGAGGGUCAAGCCUCUGAAUCUGGAGGAAGUUCAUCGGAGACAGGUUCCCUGGAACACACCAAGACCUGUCAGUGCUGGGAGGCAGGCGCGCAGAGCGGUCAUACGGCAGCUGGUUAAGAGAGGUGAAGUGGGCGUCAGAGCAGCCAAGAUGACUGAUAACAGCGUAACAGUAAGGACACCAAAGAGGCUGAUAGUUUUCAAGAACAGGGAUCCCACUGUUAGACGCAUAGUAGUUCUGAACAGAAGAUCUGCUCCCACUUUUGAUGCACUUCUGGAUUAUCUUUCUCAAGUAUUGCAGUUCCCAGUGGUGAAGCUGUACACCUCUGACGGCAGGAGAGUUGAAGGUCUGCCUGGCCUUAUUCUGUGCUCUGAUGUAGUCGUAGCAGCUGGUAACGAACACUUCAGACCCGGUAACUAUGACCUUCAAGGACCCUCUCAGCCUGCACAUUCAAGCAUAUCUGGUUCAAUGGGACCAAUCAGGACACAGCCCCAGCUACAAACAAAAAAAUCAUUGGGCAGCAGUGUAAGGUCAAGGAAUUUCUCUCUAUCGUCUGAGAGAUACUUUGUGAGUCAAAUCAACAACUCACUCAAUGGGAGUUUGUAUGAGCAGAAUGGACAGAAGUCAAACUCAAACUCAGUAGAGAUGAUAAACAACCAAAGGCCAGAAUCAGAGAACAUGGAGACAUCUGACUGUAUGGCAGGCAUAGAGGAAGGAACUGUCCCUAUCUGCAUGCCUGCUGAAGAUGACAUAGAGAAAUCUUUCAGAGUCAACCAGGAUGGAAGCAUGACAGUAGAAAUGAAGGUUAGACUCACUAUAAAACAAGAGGAGAUGAUCCACUGGACUACAACCCUUAGCCGCACCUUGACUGGAAGCCAAGAGAGGACAGUGUGCUCCUCACAGACUGGGUCAGGGCCUGACUCUCUGGAUAACAAGAUUGACCCGACCAGGAAGUCACGGGGCCUUAACAGAUAUGAUGAGAGCUGCUCGACUCCACAUGAAAAUAAUGUUAUGUUCAACGAGGUGAGUACAGAAUACUGUGGAAGCUCAGCUGAAAACUUAGAGACGUCCAAGCCCACUUUUCGGAGGCUACCCACACCAGGACCAAGAUCCGUUAGAAGGAAGGCAACCUCAGUGGAAAGUAUAAAAAGGGUAUCAGAUACAGAAGUUCAGGAGAACACCGUAGGAGCAUAUUCCUACAUGGAACGUACAGCAGAGGGAGAGCUUACUGAAGGAUAUUGUGUUGUAAGUCGACGCAGCAGCAGCACAAGACCUGUUCCAAAGCCCAGGAGAACUGAAUCCAAUAAAGUCAAGCACAGCCAGUCUUACGGCUCCCUCAGAUCACCUGGAGUGGCAGAGGUUCUUCAACUGAACAAUAAUGGCGUGGGGAUUACGGAAACCAUGCUGCAUAUACGUGAAACGCAAGAAAAGUGUGUCGACUAUUUUGCAAGUUCACAAACUGAUUUAAAUAAAGGGCUUUCCAGGAGUGCGAAAAUUCCGCGUAGAAACAAGCUGGGUUCCACAGACUCAGGGCCAUCUUCCUCUACCAAUGACUGUGAUGUGGAUCUCACCGGAUUGUCAACAAGUUCUGACUCCCUGAAUGGGAAGAAGAAUGAAAUCUUGUCACUGUCAUCAAGACAAUCAUCCCCUCAACAAAAGAUAAGCAACAGCUUGUCCUCAUUUACUGACAACAGACACACUGAAACACACACUCUGGUAGAAUCCAAGUCAGAAUCAACACAGAAGGAGGUAGACGGCUCAGAGUCUGUGACAAAAGAGGGUUCAGAGGAUAAAAAUACUGAAAGUAAGAAAAAAAGAACACCAAAAACAGCAAAAUCAAAGAAAAGUAUAUCAUCCACAACCCCUAGCUCUGACAAGAGACAAAAGGGCAGUGUUUCCAGUUCUUUAAAGGAUGUCAAAAAGAUUAAAUCUCCAGACAGUUUGAGCCAUACAGGAUCAGUGAGAAAAACACUGAGUACAGCAGAGAGUGACAGACGCAGCCAGAGACUUGAAACACACAAAAAGAAAAUAAAACAGGAAGGAGACAACAUAAGAAAAAGUAAAUCGCUGACCCUGAACAUUGGGAAUCAGAAAGUUGCAUCACUCGAGAAAGAGCUUAAUUUAAAAGAUGCAAUCAACAAUGAUACAACUCAUAAUAUAAACACUAAUGAAUCCAACACCCUUAGGCCUCCCAUAAAGAAAAACAUAUUAGACAUUUUACCAUCCUCCCAUUCAGGGCAAAUCAAAAGGACCUUUGUUAAACAAAAAUCCAUGAAUGAAACUAGAACCAAAUCGCCAAAACAAAACUGGGAGAUGAGUGAGAGUGCCUCAGUACCGACGCUCCAUUCGCUUCCUAAUGUUUAUCAGUAUGUUGAAAACUGGCUUGAAAAAAUGCAGCCAGAUUCUGUACCCUAUAUGGAAGAGACUGUUUCUGCAGACGCAGAAAACAAGUCAAAGCCUAUGUUUCAGUUAGGCUGUGACUCCUCAGAGACAUCAGAUCAAAACAGUGAACCUGAAAAAUGCAAUGCACCAGAGAAAAGCGACUCUCUUGAGGACAAUACUGUUGAAAGACCAUUGUCUCGUCCACCUGUGCAAAUCAGGUGUGAUGGAGAACCAGUGGAAGAGCAUCCACAAAGACUAAGGGCCUUUUGUAAAUCAAUGCCAAGUGUCCGGAUACAACCUGCAGAGGAGGAGAGCAGAGCAAGAAUGCACAAGUCAACUGAGGCCCUAGCACCUGUCGAAAGGGAGACGUUACAAAACACUAAGCUGAAUAUCAGAUCAGGGGUCAAACCUGUUUUAGAGCAGCUAUGUUUGUCUAUACAGUCCAUCAGGAGGGCCUCAAAUCAUACCCGAACAGAAAACAUGGGGAAGUCAUGCAGCCUCCCUGACUUUUCAUCUCAUGUGGCUUCUGCAUUUGGAUCUCCAUCUAAAGCCCUUCUUUCUUUUUUGUCAGUAAUGACUCUAAGAGAUGGUAUUUCUAGCGUUGGAGGAGAUGAAUCACGUGGAAGUAAUGCAGACAGCGGCUCAGAAGCUUUGCAAGUAAUGCAGUCCCUUGAGAAAAUUGCCACCAUAGAGGAUGAGGAGGCACUCAGGGCUAGUUUGACAAGUCUGCGAAGCUCAACCUCUUCCAAAUUACAGCAGAGCUGGAAAGAUUUCCAAGAAAGAAAUGAUCUGGAAGAGAGUCCCCCACCAUCACCAAGGAAUUCAGAGCAGGAAUUUGCUCUGGAGGUCAGUUCAGAGGGGGAAGAUCAAAACAAAAGUCAUUCAUUUGGUAUUGAACAACUGAUGGAGGAGCUUAACAUGUCUGAUGAUCUUCGUAGGGAGAUUUCAUCUCUGGUUGAAGGAGAUAACAGUUACGAUAAAGAAGAACUUCCAGAACAUUCUGAUAGCCUUAACAGUCAUUCAGAUAGAGUCACCAAAGACAUAGAUCGCACUGCAACUCCAAGAACAUUAGAAGAAGCUGCUCACUUGGAGAAAGAGAGACAGUUCUCAGAGGAGAGAGCAAGCCAAGAAGAGGACAUUGCAGAGGGUAAGCAAGCGGAUACUACAUCAGAAGUCUCCACUUUGCCCCCUAACUCCCCCGAAUCAGAAAAAGCAAACAAUGACUUGCUAACAGAGGAGCUAGAGAGCCACGGUCACACCUCAGAAAUAGAGGACAAUGUCCAUAGAACUGGAAGCAGCUGCACAGAGGAAGGACAAAGUUGUGUAGAAGAUCAGGUAUUAGAAGGUGAUGAUGAAAAUGUAGAGGAAACCAAAUGUGUGCUGAAUUCAAGUUUUCCAGAAGAAGAUGUAAGCCUUGAAGAGGAGAGUGCCAAGCAAGGACAAGAUGAUUCAACAUUAUCUGAAGUUGAAGAGUACGAGCUAGAUCGUACCCCAGUAGCAGAACUUGAGACAACAAGCUUAGACAGGAAAGAUUCUGUUGUUUCUGAAAACCGAGAGACUGUAGCAGAAAGUGAGAUCACAGAAGAACCCGAUGGUUACGAGGAAUCAAACAGCCAAGCUGAAAAGAAAGAAGUGACCGGUAGCUUUGAGCAGUCUGAUAUGUUAUCAAGUGCAUCAGAGACUGAGUAUGCAGAAGCACAGCAUCACAGUCUUUUGUCUGAAGCUGACUUUAAAAAGCAGGAUACAGGGGAUUCUGAGUCGAAUAAAAAUGACAGUGACACAGGUGACGUGAAUGAAAUCCAGAGCGCUCCUUUUACUGAGGGAGGUGUUGAGCACCUGAGUAGUAAUGAAGAGGAAAAUAUACAAGAAUCCCCAGAGUCAGAGUGUGAUAAUAAAGAUGCCAAAUCUUACCAUUCAGAACAAGAACCUGAGGACUCUCUGUCUGAGUCACAUAGGAGUCAAGACCCAGAGGAUAGUAAAGAAGAACAGGUAUCAAAAACAAUCAGUCCCAUUGACGAUGAGAAUAGUUACACAGAGGAGCAGGACAGCAAUGAACUGGAAGACAAUGAACAUGCAGGUGGAACUCCUGCAUCAUUAUGUGAGGAUGUUGAUGAAAUACAGCACUCAGAAUUGGGGGCUAAGGACUCAAACAAAGAAAAACCUGAACCAUGGAUAAGUCAAGAUUCAGAGACUGAACAAGAGCGACAGCUCAGCAACCAGUCAAAAGCAACCAGCCAGGUACAUAGCCAUGAUGAUUCAUUUGAUGGCAGUGAAAAGGGGAGAUGCAAUCAAAGUCUUAAGUCUGAAGCAUCGGCAUGUGAGGAUGUAGAUGCUGAACUACAGCACUAUUCCAUUUCAGAACCUGAGGCUAAAAACUCUGAAUCAGACAGAGAGUCUGAAUCAUGUGAAACCCUUAAAUCCUAUUCUGAAAAUGUGGUCCACAAAUUAACUGAAGCAAAUGACACCAUGAAACAACAUAGCUCUGCAGAAGACAAUUAUCUGGAGGACAGAGUAGAGAAAAUGAGGGAAGUGUUUGUAAAAUCAGACCAUGAACUGAUAGAUCAUGGACAGGAACAAACCUACAAUUCAGAGUCUGAGAACAAAGACUCAGUAAAAACAGAACCUGAAUUAUGCAAGAGUCAAGACAGAGAGAGAAAUGAGGAAUGGUCAAAUUCAGCAGGAGUGACGGACUGGGCUGAGGACGACAGCUGUUUUAUACAUCCCUCAGUCGAGAUCACACAGGAGCUUCUGGACUGUGUCAACUCAGCUUUGAUGUCUUCCACUCUGACUUUUACCCGUGACCCCAGUGGAAACCUUAGAAUUGAGCCAAAGGGGUUACAAAUGAAAAAAGCCUUGGCAAGAACUAAUGCCAACGGUACAUAUGGCCAGAGGCGCCUCCCCAGCCCGAACACUUCAGAUCUCUCUGAUUAUAGGUCUGAUAUAUCAGACACAGGCAGCUAUCAGACACAGGACUCUUUGGAGCUUUUGACAGAUAGUGGAGAAGACAAUGUACCAAAGAUAUCUGUCUCUCAACGUAACAACAUGCAAGGCUCUGAGAAAUCACAUAUUAUAAGCAGAGCUAAAGAAAAUGGGUCCAUGAAACCUAAUUCUGGAAGUAAACAUCAUGACUUUGACAGUCCUGGUACAAAAAGCAACAUCAGCCCAAAAUCUUGUCAGGACUCCAUGACCAAACACACAAAUCAGAACCACAUAAAUUCCAACUCUUCAAGCUCAAUAAGCGGGGAGUCGGAACUGGUGCAACGCAUUCUUUCUCAGACAGAUCCAAAUGAAGGUGUGCUUAUUGAUAAGGGCAGGUGGCUCCUUAAAGAGAACCACCUCAUACGUAAAUCCCCUCCUGUUCCCAUGGGGAUGUAUGGAAAUGCAGACACUACGUCAGCGGACACAGGCCAAGAGAACACAAGUGAAGAUGUCCCUUAUUCACACUUUCAGAGCCAACCCUCACCAAUGGCAGUUAUAUCCUCCUCUGAACUAGAAGACAUGGCAAAGCCACCAACACCUAAAUGCACAUAUUUUAAUAUGGUACAUGGGAGCGAUUCUGAUCCAUUCCAGGAUGACCAGAGUAUCAACAGUCGUAAAGGGAUAAGUGACAUUAAGAGGAGCAGGGAACUCAAGGUCUCUCCAGUGGCAGAGCCUUCUAAAAUGUGGGCAAGAAAAAAUGGGAGUCUCUCAUCAUUUGCUUCUGUGGAUCUCAAGAUGCCAGAUGGUAAGGUUCACCCAGAGGGUGGAGCUGUGGUAGAACCUCCUACUGGAGAGAAACCUACUCACUCCCAGAGAAUAGGCAGCCAGGCGCUGAGAGAGGAAGACACCACAGAGAGACUAAACCUCAGGUGCGGGCAGUACUGUCCAAUCUUAUAAGGUCCAAAAGGGAACGUUGGAUCCAACUGUGCA